UUCCACUCUCUCUCUCUCUCUCUCUCUCUCUCUCUCUCUCUCUCACCAACCCCAAUUUUUGUACUCCAAUUAUUAUUCAUUCAUUCAUCUCAUUACAAAACAAUUCAAUUUCCUUUCAUUAUCACUAUUUCAUAACCUUCCUUUCUGUUUCAUUUCCUCAACAUGGUAAUGGAUGAUUCCACUGAUCUCUUCCCCAUCGGAAUGCGUGUUCUUGCCGUCGACGACGACCCCACUUGCCUCAAAGUCUUGGAAACUCUCCUCCGAAAGUGUGAAUACCAUGUAACCACAACUAGUCAAGCUAUAGUGGCAUUGAAUAUGCUGAGAGAGAACAAAGACAAGUUUGACUUGGUUAUCAGUGAUGUGCACAUGCCAGACAUGGAUGGAUUUAAGCUGCUUGAGCUUGUGGGACUUGAGAUGGACCUUCCUGUUAUAAUGUUGUCUGCGUAUGGUGAUACGAAGCUGGUGAUGAAGGGGAUUUCUCAUGGUGCUUGUGAUUAUCUGUUGAAACCUGUGAGAUUAGAGGAGUUAAAGAACAUUUGGCAGCAUGUGAUUAGGAAGAAAUCUGAUUCAAAGGGGAAAAACAAAAGCAGCAAGCCAGAUAACGCUACUUCUGAUAGUGGCAGCGGACUGAGAUCAGCGGGAACAGAAAAUUCAGAUGAAAAUGGGAAGUUGACUAAGAAAAGGAAAGACCAGGAUGAAGAUGAUGAUGAGGAUAAAGAGAAUGGUAAUGAUAAUGAGGACCCGUCAGCUCAGAAGAAGCCCCGAGUUGUUUGGUCUGUGGAGUUGCACCGCAAGUUUGUUGCUGCUGUAAAUCACCUAGGCAUCGACAAGGCUGUACCCAAAAAAAUUCUUGAUAUGAUGAAUGUCGAAAAUAUUACAAGGGAGAACGUGGCUAGCCAUCUCCAGAAGUAUAGACUUUAUCUGAAAAGAAUUAGCUGUGUGGCAAACCAACAAGCUAGUAUGGUGGCGGCCUUAGGGAGUGCAGAUCAAUCUUAUUUGAGAAUGGGUGGUUCUGCACAUUUUCACAGUAAUGCUUUCCGAUCUUUUUCACCUGGUGGAAUAAUUAGUAAUCUGAACACUCCGGCUAGUCUGAAUGGACACGGAUUUUCUCCAUCCGGACUACUUCAGUUGGGCCAAUCACAAAAUUUAAACAAUUCUUCCAGUGACCAAUUUAAAUUCCAGUCGGCCAUAAAUCCCGUUAAUCAGAAUAUUCUUCAGGGUAUGCCAAUGUCUAUAGGGUAUGAUCACUUGCAAAACAGCAAGGGUGCUAUUUCUCUUCAAAACUUGAAUGCCGAUGUAAAACCAACUUUUCCCAUCCCGAGUCAAUUCCCGGAUCAAAGACCUAGAGUAACUACUACCUCUAGUUUUCAUCCUCCAAGUCUCGGUAUCUCAAACAAUGCCUUGAUGUCAGAAACACGCCCUGAAGGAAAACGAGGUAUAGGAAUAGGAUAUGAAAGUUCACCAUCUUCUUCAUUAACCUCUCAACAUUCAGAUUUUUCUUUCAGUAUGCUUGAUCAAGGUAGGCGUAGUGAUGAUUGGUCAAGUGCGGUUCAGUUAUCCGGGAUCCAAACAAAUUCUUAUCCUUCAAGUGAAUGUUUUAGACAAACACCUAUUCCUCCUUCAGAUAACAUGGCUUCUUUGCCCUUGCAAGGGGUAUAUCCUGGUGGUCAAACCCAUGGUUCGUUGGCCGAUAUGCACUCCCAAGGAGGGAUGUUUACUAAUCCACCCGAGUAUAUAAACAGUAAUUUACCGUUUCAGGGAUGGGAAGACCAUAAUCAGGACGCUCCUUACCAUUCAAAUGUUACUUGUGGAUCAGUUAACUCUCUCCCUCCAGUUAACGGUGCUGUUGUUCCUCCAGGCCAAACAACAACAAACUCGACCUUGCACAGAAGCAUGGACACCAAGUUUUGUGAUUCCAUACAAAUGAAGCAUGCUGGAUUCGUUGAAUGCUCCACAUCAAGACAACCUCGAGCGAACAUCAUAAGCCAACCGCAGUUUUCUAAUAAUCUUGGUUCACUGGAAUACUUAGCGAGUUCAAUGAUGGAACAGGAGCAAGACAAGAUGAAAUUAUUGGGCGGAGACUUCAUAUGCGAUAACUACUCUGGCGGGGUAUCUUUAUGACAUGAGUUAUGGUACUCCAUUCAGCAUCAUUUCAUGCCAUCAUGGUUGAUAAAUUUUAGAGUUUCGAUAAUGUCCCCUCUUAUGUACUAUUAAACCAGUUUUGUCAUACUAGUUUUCUUUCUGUGGAGUUUAGCUUCUUUUUUUUCCUUUUUCUUUCAAGAUUCAAUCAAGUUCUCUAGAAUUCUGCAUCAUGUGCUUUAAAUAAGAAGUCAAUGAGAAAUAUAAAGUGUAUUAUUUAGUUUCUCGUUAGUUUAGUGUUUAAGAAAUGGAUCUUGAUGAAGUAGCUUCGAAUAUCUUGUUAGUGUUUGACAACUGUUCAUGUGAUUAA